AUGUCCGAUCGCGCUUCCUCGGCAGCAUUGCGAGCAGGACCUCCUUCACCGUCGUCUCCCGCUCCUUUCUUCUACAACAAAGACAGCGUACCCCAUAUUCCGGCCUCCGAUCAGAUUCCACAGACUCCGACAUCGCCUCCGUUGAUGUCGGUAAGCGCUCCGAACAAUGCCUCCAAUUUCACAUCCUUGCAAGCAGUACCGAGCCAGGCGACGUCACAACCUGCCAGUAUCUCAUCUCCGCCUUCCUCUGCCCCUAUGUCUACCCAAAACUCUCAGCAGCCGACAGUAGGCGUGACAAAUUCAUUCCCAACACCGGCGAGCAGCGUUGAUCCCGAUCACAUUGACAAGUCCUUUGGGGCUGGGAUUUCAGAGACACCGGCGCCUUCCGCGGCAGGCGCAAGCGCGGGUUCUGCUCAGCAGUCAGAAUACAGACGGACAGAUCAUGACAGGAAUUUCGGAACAGCGCAGACAGGAACUGGGAUUCGCGAUUUCGCCGACUGUAACACAAACAAGCCCGACGCCAUGGAUGUCGAUACAGAGCUUUCAGCACACACUAAUCCCGGUUGGCCUAGUUUAGACUCUUUGCAGAAAGAUUUCUCGUCAGCCUUUCACCUUUGCAAAAGUUCCCAUAUUGCGACCGGACCAGAUCCAACAGUGGACCUCAUCUCGCUGUAUGGUCUCGGGCCUGUAGCAAAAUCGGUUGCAAGGAAUGACCCUAUCACUGGAGAAAAAAUAAAUCGACUGAGGAAGUCAUACGAGGGCAAACUGAAAGGUCUAGGACUUGCCGGAAGGAACAAACCCGUGAAGCACGAUCCUGCUACCCCUGGUGGGCUCAGGCAAAUGACGAUGUGGCCGGAGGAAGAGUGGCAAAAUCAGAAAGUGUUUGGCAAGGAAAUCAAGGUGGCUGAUCUGGAUUCCGCAUUGCAUGAUCUACAGAUGAAGGCCAUGAAGAUGGAGCCAGGCACGGUACCGAACAAUGAUUACUGGGAGGAUGUGCUAGGUCACGACAAGCCAUCGAAACACGCCAACACGGGAGACGCUAUCAAGAAGGCCGCCGCUCCUGCAAAUUCCGGCGGACGACCUAUCGGCCAACCGAACGGAACGCCUACGGCUGCGGAGCCAGAACGCGGCCGUCCCAGUCGGGGUCGCAAGAGGCAUUAUGAUGAUAACAGCUUUGUUGGAUAUGGGGAGGGCUAUGCGGAUGACGAUGAAGAUGCUGCAUUCUAUUCGAACAGCGAAGGGACCGGCAAGAAAAAGCGAAAGAAGGAUCACGUCUCGAAGAUUUCCACUCCGCUCCCGGACAGAGGGGGCAGUUAUGGAGUAGGCAUGUUUGGAAUCGGGGCUCGAUGA